AUGCCGAAGAUAUCAUCCAUCGAAUACUUUCGUGUACCACCUCGCUGGCUCUUUGUCAAAAUCACUGAUGAUGUUGGAAAUGUAGGUUGGGGCGAAUCCUCUCUUGAGGGCCAUACACAAGCUGUUGAAGGCUGUUUGGAUGCUUAUAUCGCAAGGUACACCGGCAUGGAGGCUGAUGACAUUGAGCAUAUAUGGCAAAUGUCUUGGAGGAGUGGGUUCUAUCGUGGAGGCCCUGUUCUUAUGAGUGCGCUGUCCGGUAUUGAUAUUGCGCUGUGGGAUCUGAAAGCUAGAAAGUUAAAUGUCCCCAUCUAUCAAUUGCUUGGUGGGAAGGUCAGAGACAAGAUCAAAGUCUACGCGUGGAUUGGUGGUGAUAGACCUUCUGAUAUUGCCAGCCAAGCUCAAGCCAGAAUAGAUCAAGGGUUCAAAGCAGUCAAAAUGAAUGGGACGGAGGAUCUUGGAUGGUUUGAUUCGCCAUCUGCCUUGGAUAGCUGCAUAGAAAGAGUGAAAGCUGUUAAAGAGCUGGGCUUAGACGUAGGAGUUGACUUUCAUGGUCGAGUUCACAAGCCAAUGGCAAAACAGUUGGCAAAGGCUCUGGAACCAUAUCGACCGAUGUUUUUGGAAGAACCGCUACUUUCGGAACAUAUUGGUGGCAUCAAAGAUUUAUCACAACUAACAAGCACGCCAAUUGCAAUGGGCGAACGUCUUCAUAGUCGAUGGGAAAUCCGACCAUUCCUCGAGGCUGGUGCUGUAGAUAUCUUGCAGCCAGAUAUCAGUCAUUGUGGUGGUAUCAGUGAGAUGAAACGAAUUGCUGCUAUGGCUGAGACUUAUGAUGUUGCUCUUGCACCACACUGCCCUCUAGGACCUAUUGCUCUAUCGGCAAAUAUUCAGAUUGCGGCUUCUUGUCCAAAUCACGUUAUUCAGGAGAUGAGCUUGGGAAUUCAUUACAAUGUUGGUGGUCAGGAUCUUACAAGCUAUACAACCAAUCCCGAGGUUUGGAAGGUCACCAAUGGUUAUAUUGAUUUAAUGACUGGACCAGGACUUGGCAUAAAUAUUGAUGAGGAGCAAGUACGCAGACUUUCGCAAGGAGCAGAGCCUUGGGUAAGCCCUGGGUUCAUUGGUCCAGGUGGUGAGAUUAGAGAAUGGUAG